GAAUUAAGACGUUUCGUUAGACAACGGCUCACACUUCACGCCUGAUGAUGAAGUUGUGGCUAUCACUUUUGUUUGUCGUCUGCCUGUCAGCUGUGAGCGGAAGUGACAGCAACAGGAAGCCAAACAUUGUCUUUAUUUUUGGAGACGACUACGGCUUCAACGACAUCGGAUACCAUGGCUCACAGAUUGCUACUCCGAAUCUUGAUAAGCUGGCGUCCGACGGCGUGAGACUAGAGAACUACUACGUCCAGCCGCUGUGUACACCCUCCCGCAGUCAGAUGAUGUCAGGCCGGUACCAGGUACGUUCUUUUUUUGCUCCUUGGCUUGUCCAGUCGCCGGACGUUGUCUCUGUGACCUUCCUACAACAAUACACCCUGUGCCUAUCGAUGCUGCCUCUCUCACCUUUCUACAACAAUACACCCUGUCCCCUGUUCCUGUACCUGGCCUACCAGUCUGUCCACGGCCCGCUACAGGUGCCGGAGAAAUACGAGAAACAGUACAGACACAUCCAGGACGAGAACCGAAGAAUAUACGCAGGUAUGGUUUCUGUCUUGGACGAAGGUGUGGGCAACCUAACUCAGGCGCUCAAGGACAAAGGUCUGUGGGACAACACCGUGCUUGUUUUCUCUACUGGUAUUCCUUUUAACAUUAGUCGCGGAACUCCCAGCAAACGCACCGUCUUGCUCCACAACAUCGACCCGCUACAAACCAAACACGGCGUCCCUCUGUACAACGACACUUUCCACACCACGGUGAGGGCGGCUGUACGGGUGGGCCACAUGAAGCUCAUCACCGGAGAACCUUACAACGGGAGCUGGGUACCGCCCCCUGGAUCAGCCCACAAGUUUGAACCUGACCAACGAAGACCUCAUCAGAACGUGUGGUUGUUCAACAUCACAGCUGACCCGACCGAGCACCACGACUUGUCUGACCACAUGCCGGACAUGGUUCGGACCCUCCUGGGAUAUCUACAGCGGUUUAACAAGACAGCCGUGCCCACACGGUUCCCGCCCUUAGACAAGAGAAGUAACCCCGCUUUGCAUGGAGGAGUCUGGGGACCCUGGGAGUAG